AUGAACUCGUCCUUGGAGCACUGCAACAUCUCAGACUGGCUGAGGCUAGAAGCGACGGUGAAGGCCUCCGUGUAUGUGGUGGCUUUCUCCUUUGCCACAUUCAUCACUGUCGUCAUCGUUGGCAUCGUGUUGCAGAAUUUGAAACUGAGAACAGAAGUCCGGUACCUUCUCCUCUGUCAUCAACUCCUUUGCAUCUCCUUCUACUGCGCUCUGGGGGUUGUCUUCCAGGGCAUGCGGGCGCUGCUGGCCAACAGCCCACUGCUGAUAUGCUGGCUGGUGUUUGGGGCACAGCUAAGUGUUGGAGAAGGGAUUCUCUUCACUCUGGCCUUGAUGGCUCUCAACACUUACCUGGCCAUUUGCUGGCCGUUGAAAUCUCUGGCCUUUGUCAAUUCAGUUAAGUACAGAAUUCUAGCUGGGACUUGGACCAUCAUUAUACUCAAGAAUAUUUGCCUAUUCCUCAUGGAGGCCAUUGGCUCUACUCCAGUUGAUGUUUUAAAAUCAGAACCCUCUUGCCCUGUGAUAUUGAACAGCAUUCCUUCCAGAAUCAUCGGCAUGGUUUUCCUUUGCUUUUCCUUAUCUGUCAUUCUUAUAAGUUACUCUCUGAUUUACCAGGAAGGGAAACGGGCUGGCCAUUUUAAUAGGUCCAAUAUCAAAGCACGGAAAACAGUCCUCAUUCACUUGCUGCAGCUGAGUUUACACAUCAUACCCACUUUGCUAUUCAUAGGUUUGGGGAAGAUUUGUGGGGUAUUUUUCUUUGCUCUCAAUCUGGUGCUUUUUGGCAUCUUUGCGUUUGCCCAAUGUUUUAACCCUCUGAUCUAUGGGCUUCAGAAUAGAGAGCUGCGGAACAGAUUACAUCAUUGGAUGUGCUGUCAGCUAUGGUGUGGUCACAUGAUGGACAGCAGAGGGCCAGUUUAA